CUUUUACCUUGGGCGCACUCCUCAGGGUAACCACUGGGAUCUUUUGAAGUAUUGAGUUCUUGUCGGCGGAAUAUUAACUUCUAACUUUUUUAUGUAAUUUCUCUAUCAUAAUUACUGUCUUCCACUUUAUUCUACAAUUUGUGUUUAUCGAUUUUCAGAUUCCAAAUACCCAGACAUUAGCGAAAAACUGCUUGAUGGACAUCGAUGUUGAAGGAAGCGAAGCCAGUGUUCUCCCCCAACCUCUUCUUUUAGACUUCAACAGUCAACCUUCAUUGAAAAGUACGGCUCACUAUCAGAAUAAAACUCAAGUGAUGGGGAUUGAAAACACUUGGGGUGAUGAUACGAUUUUCAACUCACCGCCGUCAUCCGACUACGCGAUCCCACUUCCUCCGCCUUCUGGAUACGGUGACUACACGUCCUGUGUGGAAGUGGCAUCCGAUCCCGAUCCAUUCACCACUGAACUCGACGCUCUUUUCUCCUCUGGCGAUCAUAUCAACGAUGUAUCCGAUUCGAACGGAGAGGCGGGCGUGUGUGGCCUGCGCAACCUGGGCAACACGUGUUUCAUGAGCACGGGCGUGCAGUGCCUGAUGGCGACGCCGUCGCUGGUCCGCUGUCUGCUGGACAAGUCGCAGUCGCAACUCAGUGAGGACGGCUCGCUGACGGCUCGGCUGGCCGCGCUCACCGACAAGAUGUGGAGUGGCCACUAUUCGUCCGUGCAGCCCGGCGACUUCAAGCAGUCGCUCGGCGCUCUCUAUCCGCAGUUCAAGGACUUCAGACAGCACGAUUGUCAAGAAUUUUUGGCUCUAUUGCUGGAUGGCCUUCAUGAACAACUGAACUCUGCAGGAAGCAAAACAUCUUCGAACCCUGAGCCUGUUGAUGAUGUCAUCAUGGACAAACUCUUCCAAGUUGAUGAAGGAAUUGCUUGUGAAGAGAUUGACAACUGCUGCUCUUCUGGCGAAGACAUGGACUCGAAUGACAUCCCUCAGACCAACACCAACAAUAUGCUGAUCAGUUUUGCGGACAGUGGCGAUAAAACAUUCGUGGAAAAACUGAAUGGAGAAAAUGAAAGCGCUAGUGUCGAGAAGAAUAAUCUAGGUUUGAACGAGGACCAGUCAAAAGUAAAACAGUCCAGCGAGUGUUCAGUUAAUAUAAAUUUACCUGUGAAAUCCAAAAAUGUGUCGAGUAGCAGUUUUGUAAAUAGUCGGAUAGUAGGCAAUAACUUGAAAUCAAAUGAAACUGGGAUAAAGUCUGAUAACAAUAGUGCGUUAAAUAAUUAUAGUCAUUGUCUAAGCAAUAUAAAGGACAUAAUGAAGGAUGCCAAGACAUCGAAUGUGAACGUUUUAGUGACUGAUGAAGAAGUGAACAACGAGAUAAAGUUCGAUUCGGAUAAGUACCCGAAGAGUGAGAAUACCCGUCGAAAAGAGUCCUCGAACGUUAAUGUGUUUCAAAUCUACGAGAACAAUACGACGAACGGCAAACGAGUGAACAGCACGGUGACCCAGUACAGCAGCGUGGCCGACUUCAGGGAGGGGCUCGACCUCAAGCGCAUCAAGAUGCAUCGCUUCGAAGCGGACGCCGCCGACGCCGACGCUGAACACGAGAAGAACCACAAGAUGGAGCACGAGCGCAAAAACCGCGUCCUCGACAUCAAUCUCGUCGAGAAGAAUUUGAGGAUUGAAUGUGAAAGGAAGCAGAGAAAGCUUGAUGAUAUAAAUAUGGAGGCAGAAACAGCUGGUGCUAGUAGCAGCCUAGUUGAGCCGAUUGUGCUGGACGGAGUCAGUAGUAGCAAACUGUCCGAUGGAGAAAAGCCGGAGGAAGAGGCCGACAACCAUUGGGAAAAGCAUCUCGCCUCCAAUCAAAGCAUUAUUGUCGAUACUUUCCAAGGUCAAUUCAAAAGCACGGUUGUAUGUUCAGCUUGCAAAUAUGUGUCAGUCACAUAUGAGCCAUUUAUGUACUUAUCAGUUCCUCUACCUCAUGCUAUGGAAAGGCAAAUAUGUGUAACGUUCGUUCCUGCCAGUAAAAGUGUUCCAGUUCAAUACGUAGUAACAUUGAAUAAGAGAGACAAAGUGUCAACAUUGAAAGAACAAAUGUUAAGACUGUUAGAGGAUUCAGACGUCAGAGGUCCUAUUAUUCUGGCUGAGGUCCUUGAAAAUCACAUUGCGAAAUUCUUGAACGAUAACCACCUAAUUAGAUUCGUGGACGAUGUGGUACGAAGCAUUUAUGCAUUUGAAUUGGAAGUCAACGUAGAUUCAGAUAUUGAACCGAGUGAAGAGACAAAGAAUUUAUCAUCAGAUAAGGUGUGGGAUGGUGGAGAAGAUGAACAGAUGUCAGCCAAUCCGAAGUGUACCAUUUGCUUUGAAGAAAAAGAAGCCAACAUGAAGAGGCAUUUGGGCUGCGACUGUGUUCUUUGUGAUGCUUGUGUCACGACAUCGUGCGAGCAUUAUGGCAAAGAUGGCAUGGUUUGUCCAGUGUGUCGACUCAAGCUGGAUCCUGACAUAGAACUUGUUGCUGUCGAAAAAUCCCUGCCGUCUUGGCCUACUGUUCGGAUGCUUCAUGUUCCUGUGGUUUAUCGCCUAGAUACACUUGGAGAUGGCAAUAACAAUAAAAAGACUGUUAGUCUAUUCGGUCAUCCGGGUCUUUUGCGUCUACCAAAUAAUAUUAGCUGCCAAAGUCUGUAUUCGGUGAUCGCUUCCAUUAAUCCUUACGAAGGUGACUUCAAGAUUCUCCUAGUUGAUGGUCAGGGUCGCCACUGCUCGAGGUGCAUGUUCAACUCGCACUGCCGCGGCUGUGUGGUGGAGGGGGAAGGGGAGGGGGAGGACGGUGGCCCUGUGCACCUGCGCACUGGAGACACUCUGGCUGUCACCUUCACCGAACCCGUGUCAGAGCUGCACGUCUCCAAGCACGAGAGUGUCGCCGCCCUACGCAGCCAGCAACCGCUACGCAUCUACGACUGCAUACAGGCCUUCAGUCAAAGCGAGGUGCUUGAUAAACAGAACCCUUGGUUUUGUCCCAAGUGUCAGAAGAAUCAAUGUGCAACGAAGACUCUCUCCAUUUGGCGUUAUCCUGAUUAUCUGAUUGUGUAUUUAAAGAGAUUUGUUUUUCACGAUGGCGUCAGUACGAAAUUGGAAGACAAAGUGAUAUUUCCCAUCCAUGGACUGAACCUCAGCCCCUACACUUCGUUAUAUGACUUGUAUGCUUGUGUUUGUCAUAUAGGAGGCGUCUCGGCUGGUCACUACACAUCGUACACCCAGCACCCGCAAACCGGUGAAUGGCACUACUACAAUGAUGACUACGUCACUAAGCAGAUGCCGCAGGAAGAAGAUUACAGCAAUGCCUACAUUUUGUUCUACAAGAAAAGAGGUUUGUCAGUGGGCACAUGGCCCACUGUGAGUGAUGGUGUUGCCGCCGCCUGCAGCUCCAACUCUCAGUAGCUGAACAAAUGUUGAUGAUUUUCUACCGCGAUGAAUGCAUUAGCUUUCGAUUAAGUUCUCCAUCACUUGUCAGUACAAUAAUUUCACUUAAGACCUGACACUUGUUUGAGAGUCUAUCCUAUAUAUUAGAGUAAGAAAUUAUGAGAUACUCUCCAGUUUGUUCAGUUCGUUAAUAUUGUUCCUUCUAUAAUCCGACUCCUCGCAUUAUCAUUUUGGGGACUCAACUUACCACGUUCCUGUCAAUUACAUACUAAUGAUGCAAACAUGCUUGGAAUUGAACAAAAAGAUAAUAGCGAUUUGUUGAAACUCAUGUUUAUGUUGAAAAUAUACUUUGAAGCUCGCCAGAAUUGAUUAAAAUAACCCACACUUUCACACCCGUUAUAAGUGAAUUAAAAUCAAUUCAACGUUUUUAAUUUUCUAAGCUUUUUUCAUUUACUAGAUUUUUCUCGUUGAUUACUACAAUAAUUAUCCGCUGAUCAAUAUUUUACUUUGAGAUAAAUAUCGAUCAAAUUCCCACUCCCAAUAUCAUGGAAAAAGGAGUUACAUUGAACUUCUUAACAGGCAUAGCAAACCUGUUUGUCUGCCAAAUCAUAAUAAAUAUUCAAUUAUUAUAUUAAAUGACAAUUCUGUUGAUUCACUCAUGAUUCCAUUGAAUGGUCUCCAGAGAUAACUCAAAAUGGGUAUGUUUGCUCUUCAUUUUUUUAAAUAUACUAUUUCAAUUGUAAAUGCUAAAUUCGAAACAGCUUUCAGAAUCUACUAUUUAAAUUUACUUUAGUACUAUAAUUUUUAUAUGUUUACUCUCUUAUCUUAUUUUUAUGUUUUAGUAUAAUAAUUAUUAUUAUUUGACACAAAACAAAAUUGUGGCUCAUUGUGUAUUAAUUAACUAUACUAGAGUUGUUGUAAAGUGCGAUUCCGAUUAUUUUUAUAUUUUUUUUGAAAUUUGAGAGUUAUGAACAAAGUCUGUAGGAAAAUGAACUAUUCAUUUUUGCAUAUAAGUUGACGCGGAGUUAUUCUUUUUAAAACAAUAUUCUAUUUUUCAAUAAAUCAGAUUCUUAUUUCUAUUUGAAUGAGAUAGUAAUCAACAAUAUAACCUUACAAGGCAUAAUUUAUUUUUUAGAUUUUUAAAGAAUUAUUUUAUUGAACACCAGUUUGAAACUAAAUCUCAUUUCAAACACGAAAUUAGUCCAUUAUUGGGCUUAAAUCUCGGGGUUUGAAUGUUAUAAUAAUAAAACUAAAUCGUGUGACCUGUCUGGUGUCAGAGUUUCCUUAUAAAUUUCAGGGCAUAUAAUGUUAUAGUUCAAAUUGCUAGUUUGUGUUCUUCGUUGAGAAAAAACUAAAAUACUAUUUGUCAAUCACUCAUUGGAGUACUUUUAUACGACUGAUUUGACCAUUCUAUGUAUUCGUUCAAAUGUUAUCUUUCGAAAUUGAUGUUUGUAAAUUAUUCUUAUUAAAUUUUAUUUUUUUAUUAUUGUAAAAUACACGUAUUGGAUAUGUCAUGCAUUAAGUAGACGUUUGAGAGUGUGUUACGGGAAAUGAGUUGUUGAGAUCGAUUUACCUGGAAGCAUGAUAAUAUGCUCUUUUCGAAAGGCUACGUACACAUGUCGGUGUUGAACGCUUCGUUCUAGUUUUAGAAUUAGAAUACCUGAAAAAAUGGUGCAAUUUUUAAAUUGGUGUGUAAAAAUCCAUGAUUUAUCUAUUAGCUUGGAACGUCUAGUCGAGUUAAACAUCUUCCAAAUCUGAUGGAUAGUGAAGCAGAGAAAAUCAGUGAUACAGCGGUCGCGAUGUAGCCGUGCUAGAGCGGACAGCCUUCUGUAGUCUUUAGAGUAAAAGAUCAACUCCACUUGAUAUGCAUAUGUAGUUUCCUCUCAAAGCACUGUAUCGUAUGAACCUGUUUGUGAACUUGGCAACUGUGCUUGCUUCUAAGACUACGGCAUUACUCUAUUCUCGUUUUAAUUGUUUGAACUGGUUCUCCAUCUCUCUCCAACGUUAGUUGCCCCUCUAGACAGAUUUUGGAGAAGUUUUAACUCGAGUAUGAACGCAGCGUUCAAUGCCAUCAUGUCUACAUGCUCCAAGUGCGACAUUGUAAUGGUUCUCUUUAAUUACGUUUGUGUAAUAUUAUACUCGCAUUCUGACUUUAUUUUCUAUAUUUGUCUUAGGCAUUAAGUUAUGUUUAUAGUCGGGCGAAAAGUAAUAAUUUAAUUCAAUUAAACUUGUGUGAUUUGGUGUCUGUGAUUUUCUACGCUCGUUAAAUUUACAAUUAUUAUUACUCUUAAGUUGAUAUAAUUAUUUAUAGUUCUGCUAUGAAUAAUAAUUUGUUUCUUCAGUAAUUAUAGCUCAAUAAGUUCAAAUCGCAUAUGAACCUAACCCCAAUAAAAUGAGUUUUUCAACAUUAUUAUUAAUGCUAUUAAUUGUUUAUUAUAUUGUUUUCAUUAUGGAUUGUUUACUUAUAAUUUUGAACGGUUGUUAAUGGAUACAUAAUAAAGAAUUCAUCAUAUCAUCAGGCAA